CCCCCCCCCCGGCUCGGUAGGGCGCCGGGUGGGAGCCCGGGGAACUCAGGAGGCGCCUUCUGGGCCAAGUUGGGAAGUGACUGGUGUGUCCCAGCUCCGGCCCCUGAUUUGGGGGGUCCGCGUCGGCCCCAAACGCCGCUUUCUUCCGUUUUCCAUGUCAUUUCCUGUACUAAUAAGAUGGUGGUCAAAGCUGGGAGGGAGAGAAGCAGCGAGUCGCCGCCGCCGCCGCCGCCGCCGCCGCUCCCAGGCUGGCUGUGAAAGUUUCCCUCGCCUGGGACUAGGGAGCCGGCAGCCGGGGCGCUCCCCGCGGCCGCUGGGGGCUGCCAUCUAGGGGGGGCGAGCCGUCCCCGCGCGCCCCUCCGCCCCCGCUCCCGCGUCCACCGAGCCGGGCUGCUGCCGGAUUCUCGGGGAAGAACAGAAUGACUGAGAACCUGAAGGCCUGCUUGGCUCAUACCCAGGCUUCCAUGGGGGAGAUGGUGACUGUGAAGACAGAGGUCUGCUCACCCCGACGGGACCAGGAGUAUGGUCAGCCCUGCUCCGGGAGGCCUGACCCUCCAUCCAUGGAAGUGGAAUCCAAGAAGCCGAAGGGGAAACGAGAGCUGAUCAUGACCAAGAGUUUCCAGCAAGUAGACUUCUGGUUCUGUGAGUCCUGCCAAGAGUACUUUGUCGAUGAAUGCCCCAACCAUGGCCCCCCUGUGUUUGUGUCUGACACGCCUGUGCCCAUGGGCAUCCCUGACCGAGCGGCCCUCACCAUCCCACCUGGCAUGGAGGUGGUCAAGGAGGCCAGUGGGCAGAAUGAUGUGCGCUGCAUGAAUGAGGUCAUCCCUAAGGGACACAUCUUCGGGCCUUACGAAGGGCAGAUCUCAACGCAGGAUAAAUCGGCCGGCUUCUUCUCCUGGUUGAUUGUGGACAAGAAUAACCAUUACAAGUCGAUCGAUGGGACAGAUGAAACCAAAGCCAACUGGAUGAGGAACAUGACGUCCAUGACUGAACGUAAGAGGAAGCCUAAAUUCUCCAAGGAUGAGCUGGACAUUCUGGUCACCGAGGUGACCCGCAACGAAGCUGUCCUCUUUGGGAGGGAGACCAUGAGGCUGUCCCAUGCCGACAGGGACAAGAUCUGGGAAGGAAUAGCUCGGAAAAUCACCUCGGUUAGCCAAGUCCCCCGCUCAGUGAAGGACAUUAAGCACAGAUGGGAUGAUUUGAAGAGACGUGCCAAAGACAAGCUGGCCGCCAUGCAGAAGUCACUGUCUGGCCCUGGCGGUGGAAGCCACCCCCCCACCAUUAUCCUUACUGCCCAUGAGAGAGCCAUUGAGUCCGCGUUACACGCCUCCCACUCAGUCCGUGGCUUCCCAAGAACAGAUCUGAAUGGCGUGGACAGUCCUUCAACUAGCUAUGAUGAAGAUGAGGAGACUCCUGGACCCUCACAUCAGCCCCCUCUGACAUCACUGCAUCAAGAUCAAGAAGAAGUUGCCCACCUGGCCAGGCCAGCCCUCUUCCAUUCUUUAUCCUCUUCCAACCAGUCAGAGACAGUGGAAACAAAGCCAGAGGACAUGCCACCGCCAUCAGCCCAGGCACCCCCGCCCUCCCAUUCCCAGAGCCCCCCACUAUCAGGCUUUGACCGGCAUCGCUUCCAGUCUCACAUCCAGGAGUCUGAGCCCUUCCAACGGUUUUGCCAGGAGCUGGUGACCGUCCACAGGGGUAUGGCAGACAGUAUGCACACCAUAGGCCAGUCUAUGGCCGAACUGACUGGGUGGGUCAGCCAGAUGUGCCAGAUGCUGAGCGAGAUCCGAGAUGGAGUCCGGGCACUCCAGCAAGCACCCGGCCUGGCGACUGCCACAGACAUACCACACCAGCCUGAGCCCCACCGAGCAGAGCCCAGCCUGGAGCCAAUCCCACCCUCAAGGACUACUCGAUCUCGGAAGCGAAAACACCAUUUCUAACCAAGCCAAGCUGAGCUGGAAAGAAAAACAAGCAGAAAAGGGUUAGCUGUCUCUGAGCAUGGGGACUUCAUUACAAAGAAGAGCUUCCUUGUCUCAGGACCUCAUCAGGCUCACUCCUUAGAUAUGUCUAGGGACAAGCCAUCACCUCCUCUUUCUUGUGUCCUGCCAAAGUUGGAAGUCUGUCAGGAAUCAGCAGGUGUUCACUAGCUUCAGUGAGUCACCCCCUGAAGUCUUCAUCCCAUUGGGCAGCCAACCUAAG